GAGUGCGCUUAAUAUCACGCAUGCGCAGUACUAUUAUACCGGCGACGGCUGUACAUACAAACGGUGGCCUAGCGCAUAAGAGGGAUUACAGAGCCCGAUCUGACAGGCUACACGAUGAGUCAGGGUAAGGAAAAUGCACGACUCAAGAGCUACAAGAACAAGUCCCUCAACACAGAUGAGAUGAGAAGAAGGAGGGAAGAGGAAGGCCUGCAGCUCCGUAAACAGAAGAAGGAUGAACAGCUUUUUAAGAGGAGGAAUGUUGCCACAGUGGAGGAUGAUAGCGUCCCGGAGGAUGAUGGAAUGGCUGAUAGCGGCUACCUGGAGUCCCAGGCGAACAACAUGGACCCACUCAUGGGUGGGGUGAUCUCUGAAGAUAUGACUCAAAUGAUCUUCUCCAGCUCGCCUGAGCAGCAGCUAAUAGGCACCCAGCGCUUUAGGAAACUCCUUUCUAAAGAACCCAACCCACCCAUUGAUGAAGUCAUUGCCACUGCAGGGGUGGUGGAGCGCUUUGUUGAGUUCCUCAAGAGGAGAGAAAACUGCACGUUGCAGUUUGAGGCUGCAUGGGUGCUGACCAACAUUGCAUCAGGUACAUCCCACCAGACUCGGGUGGUGAUUCAGGCUGGAGCUGUGCCCAUUUUCAUAGAGAUGCUCAGCUCGGAUUUCGAGGACGUACAGGAACAGGCAGUGUGGGCCUUGGGAAACAUAGCAGGAGAUAGCACAGAAUGCAGAGACUUUGUCAUAGACUGCAACAUCCUGCCUUCCCUGGUGCAGUUGUUGGCCAAACAGAACCGUCUUACAAUGAUGAGGAAUGCAGUGUGGGCGCUCUCAAACCUGUGCAGAGGAAAGAACCCACCUCCGGACUUCACUAAGGUGUCCCCGUGUCUCAGUGUGCUGUCUUGGCUGUUGUUUGUCAAUGACACAGACAUCCUGGCUGAUGCAUGCUGGGCACUCUCCUACUUAUCUGAUGGCCCCAAUGACAAAAUCCAGGCUGUUAUUGACUCUGGAGUCUGUCGCAGGCUGGUGGAGUUGCUGAUGCACUCUGAUUAUAAGGUGGUAUCCCCUGCACUGCGAGCUGUUGGGAACAUAGUCACUGGAGAUGAUCUACAGACACAGGUGAUCCUGAACUGUUCAGCACUGCAGUCCCUACUUCACCUCCUGAGUAGCCCCAAGGAGUCCAUCAAGAAGGAAGCCUGCUGGACGAUCUCCAACAUCACUGCAGGGAACCGAGCACAAAUACAGAUGGUGAUAGACGCAGCUCUGCUGCCUCCUCUCAUCGCUAUCCUGCAGGUAGCAGAGUUUCGCACAAGGAAGGAGGCAGCCUGGGCCAUCACCAAUGCCACCUCGGGGGGCUCUGCAGAGCAAAUUAGGCACCUAGUGGAUCUCGGCUGCAUAAAACCUCUGUGUGACCUGCUCACACUCAUGGAUUCCAAAAUAGUUCAGGUGGCUCUAAAUGGCCUGGAGAACAUCCUGCGACUGGGAGAACUGGAGGCCAAGAGGGGAGGGGGCAUCAACCCUUACUGUGCACUCAUUGAAGAGGCUUAUGGUCUGGACAAGUUGGAGUUCCUGCAGGGUCACGGAAACCAGGAAAUCUACCAGAAAGCCUUUGACCUGAUCGAGCGCUACUUCAGCACUGAAGACGAGGACCCGUCUCUGGCUCCCGCCGUCGAUCUGCAGCAGCAGCAGUUCCUCUUCCAGCAGUGCGAGGCCCCGAUGGAAGGCUUCCAGCUAUAAUGCUAAACCCUUCCCUCCCUCCGUGCUCCACCUUCAUCCUCACCUCUGCUCAUUUCUCUCACUCUCUGCCCACUGCCACGAUCUAGGGUUGCGACAAACCCUCGGCUCCCCUCGUACCCUUUUCCCCUUCUCAUCGUCAGAGAGGUUGAUUUAAUCAUUAUCAUGAUUAUGAAAAAUGUAACAUUUACGCGAGCACUUGUGCGUGCGCGCGUACGUACGUCCAACGUGGGUCGAGUUAGUUCUGCAGUCUUGUCAGCCAGUUUGUGAAGGUUUCACUCAUCAUUCCGUCUUGCGCUGAGCUCAUCUCUGCGCCUGAAGCCCACCCACCGUUUCCCGUUUUUUUUCCCCCACUAGCACAUUGUCCCUAGUAACACCACCCCCCCGUCUAACUUUUUGGAUUUCCUCCUUGGCUCAUCCCAGAUUAAAAAGCACCUCUCCAUGUUCCCGUCGGAUUGCCAGUCCCCACAUCUGAUUUUAAGCGAGAGUUUGUAGGACUGCACUGCUUGUCUGAUUGAAGCAUUAAUGACUCGCAAGACAGACAAACAUGGACGUGAUUUUUACCUCCCCCCCCCUUCCACACACACGCACACACACACACACACACACACUUAGAGAAGAAUGAUCUAACCUAAACACUGGACUGACUAUAAGACGCUGACCACAUGUUUGACUGUGGUCUUUGGACUGAACUGCCCACAGCGGGGCCAUGUGGCCAGUCCCAACCCAAGGACUCAUCUGACCUCUACGAAAGGCACUUAAUCGACUCAAAAAUGGAGGUUGAAUUCCCUCACCUCCUCUCUCCGGCCAUUGGACAAGUGACCACAGAUGGACAAAUUAGAAACUUGACUGUGUCGCUGAGGGGUGGAGCUUGUCAGUGACAAACCAGGCUGCUUGCGUUCCCUCCUGGAUCUCAUAUCAUGCAUUCCUUUAUCCAGUAAUGGGACUUUUCCAUCUGCACAGGCUCCAUCCUGAAGAAUUUAGACUGCCUCCCGCCUCUGGUGUGAUGUGAAUAACCCCAUGGAACCAUGGGAAUUGGAGUCUUCCCUCGCACUGAGACAAUUGGACAGACUUGGACAAGACAAAACAGACUAUUUAACCCUGGAAUCUGUCCAGCAGCAGACCAGCGGGAAUUUUUAUUAUCUUACCAUAAUUUCAUUUCAUUUGCAGCACUUUAGUUCAGGACUGACGCCUGCUCUUUGAGAAUAUACCGUAGUUUUUACAUUAACUAUUUAAUUGGUUGAUGACACGGCUCUUCCCUCCUCAGGAAGCGAGGAGUAAGGAGGUAUGGUCUGAAAUCCUCGGUCAACUUCUGGUAUGACAAGGAUCACAAUGUACUUCACUGUUUACCCUUCCCACAAAAGGGACUCAAGCAGAUUGUGGACUGGAACUGUUAGCACACUAAUUACAAUCAGUUGAUCAUGAUGCCUCAGCAAAGCUAGAAGAACUUUAUUGUGACAAAGUAAACGAGAGUCUUUAGAGAAUUGUCUGUUUAGCUUUGAGCAGUCUAAAACACGACUUUCCAACACAUGUUCAGGUAGUAUUUUCCAAUUUGAUCAUGCCAAAUCAUCGACACAUUUAUCAGCUAUUGGGUCUGAAGUUGGUCCUUUUUUUUAAAAAAAAAACUAAAUCUUUAGUUGGGAUUAGCAUCUGUCAUGUUGCUGAUGGUGCCAUAAUCUUUAUUCUACAGAAAUCCUUCCAGAUCAUUUCAACAAAAAUCCAGAUUAAAACUUGAAAAUACUGGUGAUCACCUUAGUUAGCAGAACUGAAUGUUUGUUUACCAAGUCCUCUUUACAUUGCUUACUUUUGUCAAAGUCUCCGCAAGAGAUGACCAGCUCUACAUGUUAAUUACUUGUUUGUUGUACUGAGUUUGUGCAGCUGUCCCCUGUUAUGCCAUUUGCAUAAAAGCUGUUUCAUGAACCACGGUCUAACUGAAUCAGUUUCAUUGUAGUUAGUGUGAUCUAAUUACUGUCAUACAGCUGAAGAAGUCAAAUUAUGACGGAUGUUAUCAUUAGAAAUUCACAGAUUUUCAGGGGCUCUUUGUAUAUAUGUAAAUAAAGCCCCCCCCAAACCAUA